AUGUUGCUACGACGAAGCAAGAGCGGUGAUCUGGGCAAAGGCAGCAAGAAGGCUCAGGCCCUUAGGGAGGCUGAGCUUGAGCGCCAGCGUCAAGCCGCGUCGCGAGUUCCCCCAAAGCUGCCAGAGUUUGCCAACAAUACCGAGCAAUUGUCAAAGGCCUUUCCCCAGGAACUUCAGCAGUCCGAAUCCGCCUACAGCCUCUCCAAUUCCGGUUCGGGUGGUGGUUAUUAUGUGCGAGCUUCCACAGAACCGCGCAACUACAUGCCCAAUUCCGCUCCGCCAGUGCCGCCCAUUCCCAACAACGCCUUCGACCCUUACGCCAGAACCGAGAGUAUGACGCACCGAGGACGUUACAGCUAUGCCAGUAGUGCUAUUAGCUCUAUCAACAGCCCUAGAAGGGUUCGUAGAAGAAAGGAUCCCACUCCAUUCAACAUUCUGGUCAUUGGAACCACCGGCGCCGGCAAAACCUCGUUUCUAGAGUUUCUCAAAACGGCGCUGGCUCUGCCACCACGAAAGCGAUCCAAGAAGACGGAAGAUGAUGAUUUCCAAAUUCCAGCUCCAGCCUCGGGCAAUUUUGUUCCCCAUUUCAUGGAAACCGAGAUUGACAAUGAGCGCAUUGGUUUGACUCUGUGGGAUUCCGAGGGCAUUGAGAAGAAUUUGGUCGACUUGCAAUUGAGGGAAUUGAGCGCCUUCCUUGAGAGCAAGUUUGAGGAGACCUUCACUGAGGAGAUGAAGGUUAUCCGAUCUCCGGGCGUCCAGGAUACCCACAUUCACGCCGUAUUCUUGAUUUUGGAUCCAUCUCGUCUCGACCGCAAUAUUGCGGCCUCUCGAAACAGAGCAACUGGUUACCAGGGAAAUGGGGCUCACAGUUCACACAGUAGAGGUUAUGGUGCUCUUGAGGAGGGCCUAGACCUCCAAAUCUUGCGCAGCCUUCACCGCAAGACCACUGUCAUUCCUGUUAUUUCGAAAGCCGACACAAUUACUACCAAGCAUAUGAAUGUGCUAAAGAAGUCCGUUUGGGAUAGUAUCAAGAUGGCAGAGCUCGAUCCCCUCGAGGCACUCGGAUUGGAUGACGACAGUGACAGCAUUUCCAACAGAAUUGAUGAGGAGGAAGAAGAAGAAGAUGCCGAUGAAACAAAGGAACCGGGCUCUUCUCCACCAUCGUCUCCGAACUCCAAGAGAUUAUCGAGCCAGUCUCUCCGGCGCCAUAAGGAAGAAAGCAAGGAAGAUGAGAUCCCAUUCCUACCUCUCUCCAUCAUCAGCCCCGAUUUGUACGAACCUGCAGUGAUUGGCCGCCAAUUCCCUUGGGGAUUCGCAGAUCCCUACAAUGAACAGCACUGCGACUUCACGCGCUUGAAGGAGGCUGUCUUUUCCGAGUGGCGAGGUGAAUUGCGUGAGGCUAGUCGAGAGCAAUGGUACGAAGGAUGGAGAACGAAUCGUCUUAAAUUGCGAGACUUGCCCUACCGCCAACGAUAG